GUUCUGGCUCCCAUUUUCGUUUCUUAAAAUUUGGACAGCCGCACCAGCUGGCAAUAUUACUCUUUGAACGGAAACAUCUCUGCUAAAAAGCUUCCUUAGGAAUCAUGGCAAAGAAAUUGCUAUCAAAACCCACUAAAGACAAAAAAGCCGCCAUCAAGGCCAACAGGCCUGCUAGAGCUGAUUGGAAGGAGGGGAUGAAGAAGAAGCAGGUUGGCGUAUCUGAUAUGACCCUUCUAUCCAAAAUUACAAACGAAGCUAUCAACGAGAAUUUGGAAAAGAGAUGGAAGAAUGCCGAGAUCUACACCUAUAUUGGACACGUCUUGAUUUCCGUCAAUCCUUUCAAGGAUCUUGGCAUUUAUACCGAGGACGUUCUUAGAGGCUACCCCGGAAAGAAUUUGUUGGAGAUGCCACCACACGUUUUCGCUAUUGCUGAGUCGUCUUAUCAUCAUAUGAAAAGUUACAAGGAGAACCAGUGUAUCAUUAUUAGUGGUGAAUCUGGCGCAGGUAAAACGGAGGCUGCAAAGAGAAUCAUGCAGUACAUCGCUACAGUUUCUGGUGACGGCAGUUCUUCUAUCAAAGAGAUCAAGGAAAUGGUCUUGGCCACCAAUCCUUUGCUUGAAAGUUUUGGAUGUGCAAAGACUUUGAGAAACAACAACUCUAGUAGACAUGGAAAAUACCUUGAGCUCAAUUUCAACAGUCAAGGAGAACCUGUUGGUGCUGUCAUUACAAAUUAUCUUCUAGAGAAGAACCGUGUCGUCGGACAAAUUGAAAAUGAAAGAAAUUUCCACAUCUUUUAUCAGCUUACAAAAGGUGCCUCACCAGCAUAUCAAGAACAAUUUGGUCUCCAGGGUCCUGAAAGCUAUUUGUACACUAGCAAAAGCGGCUGUUUAGAUGUUGAUGGUAUCGAUGAUGUUCAAGAUUAUAACGAUACAAUUACCGCAAUGAAUGUAGUUGGAUUGUCUAAGGAGGAACAAGAUGAAAUAUUUAAAAUGCUGGCUAUCAUCCUCUGGCUCGGAAACGUACAAUUUGCAGAAGGAGAUGAUGGAAAUUCGGCUAUUGCAGACACUGAUGUCACCAACUUUGUUGCAUACCUUCUCGAAGUCAACCCCGAUCUUCUAAACAAAGUCUUGACCACUCGCGUCAUGGAAACUCAAAGAGGAGGUCGCAGAGGCAGUGUUUAUGAUGUCCCUCUUAAUGUGACUCAAGCAAAUUCUGUGCGUGAUGCGUUGUGCAAGGCCAUCUACGAAACUUUAUUCGAAUGGAUCGUUGCUCGUGUUAACGUGUCGUUAAAGAAUCGAAGCGCUUCGCAACAUGUGCUUGGUGUAUUGGAUAUCUAUGGAUUCGAAAUUUUCGAAGAGAACAGCUUCGAACAACUUUGUAUCAACUACGUCAACGAGAAACUUCAACAAAUCUUUAUCGAAUUGACUUUGAAGGCUGAACAGGAAGAAUACGUUCGUGAACAAAUUAAGUGGACUCCUAUUGAUUUCUUCAACAACAAGAUUGUGUGUGAUUUGAUUGAAGAAAAGCGACCUCCUGGUGUGUUUGCUGCCUUGAACGAUGCUUGUGCUACGGCUCAUGCUGAUUCUGGAGCGGCCGACAACUCUUUUGUCCAGAGACUUGGAUUCUUGGCUUCCAAUCCUCACUUUGAGUCCCGUGGAUCCAAGUUCCUUAUUCGUCACUAUGCUGGUGAUGUGUACUACAACAUUGAGGGUAUGACUGACAAGAACAAGGAUUCUCUUUUGAAGGAUCUUUUGGACUUGGUUGCUUCUUCCACCAAUCCUUUCGUGUCCCAAACCUUGUUCCCUGACCGUGUUGAUCCUAACUCCAAGAGACGCCCUCCCACUGCUGGCGACAAGAUCAAGACCUCUUGUAAUGCUUUGGUUUCCAAACUUAUGCAAUGUCACCCUAGUUAUAUUCGAACCAUUAAGCCGAAUGACAACAAAAGUUCGUCCGAAUAUGAUGUUAGCCGUGUUUUGCAUCAAGUCAAAUACCUUGGUUUGUGCGAAAACAUUCGUGUCAGAAGAGCUGGUUUUGCUUACAGAACGACAUUUGAAAAGUUUGUGGAGCGUUUCUAUCUUAUUUGCCCAACUACUGGCUAUGCUGGUGAAUACAUCUGGAAUGGCGAUUCCAAGGGUGGAGCCCGUGAAAUUUUGAAGCAUAACAAUAUCCCCGCUGAAGAAUGGCAAAUGGGAACAUCAAAGGUAUUUAUUCGCCACCCAGAAACCAUCUUUGCUCUGGAAGGCUUGCGUGACAAGUACUGGCACAACAUGGCCAUCCGUAUUCAACGCGCAUGGAGAGCAUAUGUGCGCUACAAGCAUGAAUGUGCACGCAAGAUCCAACGAUUCUGGCGUCAAAACAAGCACAACAUCGGUUAUCUCCAACUUCGCGAUUACGGACACCAAAUUUUGGGUGGCCGCAAGGAAAGAAGACGUAUGUCGCUGCUUAGCAUGCGCAUGUUCACUGGCGAUUAUAUGGAUAUCAAGCAUGGCAGUGGACUUGCUAGAAUGACUCGUGAUGCUAUCAGUCUUAAAGGUGGGGAGGAUGUUAUUUUCAGCUGUCGAGGUCAAAUGUUGGUUCCUAGAGCUAUGCGAUCCAGCGUGCCUAGCCCAAGAACAUUCGUCUUAACCAACCAAAAUCUAUAUAUUGUCAUGACUACUAAGAAUGGCAAGGUGCUGGCAUUGGUCACCGAGCGAACCUUGAACCUCAACAUCAUCAAAUCCGUCAGCAUGUCUACCUUACGUGAUGAUUGGCUUAUCAUCCAUGCCGAUAGUCCCGAAGGUGAUGCUGUUAUCUCGUGUGUUUUCAAGACUGAAUUGGUUGCCCAUUUGUUGCAACAAACAGGCGGUCGCAUUCAGGCUAAUGUGAGCGAGAGCAUCCAGUAUUCCAAGAAGGGCGGAAAAUCAGUGACUAUGAAGUUUGUGCGCGAUGACAGAGUGAAGCGAGACGAUGUUUACAAGAGUCACGUUGUGAACGUUCCAACUGGCGAACCUGCCAACAGUGUUUCGUACCCACCAUGUGCAAGAAAGCCCAGACAAGCGAGUACCCCGCGUGCUAAGCCUGUCGCCAAGCGAUCCACUCCCGCCGCCAAUAGAGCCCGACCCGCCCCAGCUGCUGCACCUGUACGCACCUCCAUUGCAAGCAAUCCUGCAGCCAAGAAACCCGCUCCACCUCCUCCAGCACCGUCACCCCCUGCUGAACCCGCCAUCCCUCAGUACAAGUGUCUGUAUCCAUUUAGCUCUGGCGAGUCUGGAGAAAUUGCGUUUGAGAAAGACGAUAUCAUUGAAGUACUCAAGAACGAUGAUGAGAAUGGUUGGUGGUUGGCACGUAAGGAUGGCAUUGAAGGUUGGGUCCCUAGCAAUUACCUUGAAGAGUAUGUUGCUCCCAAGCCCACUGCACCUCCGCCACCUCCUGCACCACCUGCUCGACGCCCUCCUCCGUCCAUUCCGUCUGCCGCAUCAGGACAAACGGCUAGCCCUGUCGCCAGUCCUCGUAACAGCGUGAAUGCCGGAUUUGCUGCUAAUGCUCAAGCCAUCCCUAUCCCUGGUAUGAAUGGCAAUGCUAUCAAUUCCAACGGUGUACCUGCUUGGAAAGCUCAAUUGGAAGCGCGAAAAGCUCAAGCUGCCGCCGGUGGUGGAUCUUCGACUCCCACACCUGCUCCUAGACCUACUUCCAUGUCCAGUAACCCUGUACCUGCUGCCCGAAGAACUCCACCAGCCACCGCGCCUAAACCAGCCAUUCCACCCAAAUCCGCCAGCAUUGGUAAGCCUGUCAUUCCUAGUCGCCCUGGUGCUGCUCCUGCUCCCGGUCCCCGAGCUCCUCCUCGUCCAGGAUCCAUUGCAUCUCCUCCCCGACCACCUCAUCAAGCAGCCAACCUUGCUGACGCGGUAAGUUGAAUGAUUUACAUGGCCAAGUCAUUGGCUGUCAUGUAGAUACUGAUGCUUUUUGUUAUAUUAGAUAAAGGCACGUAGACAGCAAAAUACCGCUGAAGAAGAUGAUGACGAAUGGUAAAAACACCUGUGAGAAAGCCUAUAAGGAUGUAUAAUUAGAUAUAAUUGUUUCACUUUUUUUCUGGUUCUCUUUUGUAUAAUGUUUGUUCAUAGCAACAAUGUCAUAAAGGAAAUACGUUUUACUUGAAAUCGA